AUGUUAUUCCUAGCGCCGCGCAAACAUCUGUUUGCCACCAACCUGAUCAUCCUGCUGAUGAUCUACGUGAUGCGCAAGUGCCUGCAGCUCUUCUGCAUCAUCGAGAACCGCGCCGUCCAUCCGGCAGAGGAGGAAGAGGAGGUGGUCAAGUUGCCGGAAAGGGAGAUCCUCCAGAAGCGCCGCGGCGGCUUCACCAUCAUCCCAGCUGCCAUGCACCAGAGCAUGCACGGCUUUGGCUACGGCGAGGGUCACUACCAGAUCUUCGUGGAGAAGAAGGAGCGCAACCUGCCCACCAAAUCGCGCCUCAACGCGGCCACUGCCGAAGUCAAGCUGAAUCCCAAUUAG